AUGAGCAAAGCUCAUUUUGUUGCAACCAAGUCAAGACUUGGAAAGUGGUUUGUUGACAACAAUUGGGUGGUGUUUGUGGUGGUUUUUGGAGGCAUUCACGAUCUUGGGGUUCACGUUUCUACUGUUAUUAUUUGGGCUAUCAUCAUCUUCAUCAAUUCAAAGUUUGUAGUAGCCCAAGCUGGUUUAGGAUUAGCACCACCAGUUAUUGCACAAGGAUUUGAUCCACCGGUAGUGGAGUCAUUUCCUGUGCUUACCUUUCCUAUUGAUGGAGAGGUUGGUUUUGAUAUUACUGAUUGUCACAUAUGCUUGGAGAAGUUUCUCCAAGGAGACAAUGUACGAGUGCUCCCUGCUUGCAGGCAUAUUUAUCAUAUUGAUUGUAUCCAAACUUGGCUUACUAGAGAUACUCAAUGCCCUGACUACCGUUAUGACUAUGCAACAUGGAAAUUAGAAAGCAUGCCACCUGAUUUACCUUGA